CCUGCCACGACCUAUUCACGACCCUUCGACGAUCUCUUCCAUUGGUCCAUCAGCCGCACCUCCCAAACCAUGACUCGCUUCGGGGAUUUUUCCCCCCUUUGUUCGAAUACCCCUUCAUAUCCCUGGUGUAAUCUCUUCUAUCGCCAGUUGGAGCAUCAUUCCUCCAGCGCCUUGACUGGCGUCUCUGCAGACCCCAAUUCUGCUCCCGUGGGCAUCAACCCGACCUGCGGCAUCCUCAGAGCUGGCCACCAAGGUUCUCUCGGCAACAUCGCUAAUGUCGUCGCUUGCGGCAUCAGCAUCUUGGUCGUUCUUGGUCUGAUCAUCAUGACUGGUCGAAGAAAAGCUGCCGUUGGCCGAGUGGAACUUCGCUACUUCUUCAUCAUGUACUUCAUCUCUCUCCCUCUCCAAAUCAUCACCACCGGGUCUUUCCUCGAACAAGGAUCUACAGCUCUCACAGUCCUCACUGCCAUUCAUGCUGGAAUAAUGGCAGCGGCCUUCUGGGCCCUCCUGGGGAAUGCUAUUGUUGCCACGCAGGUAGUUGAAGAUGGCACCUUGAGCUCGAUAAUACCAUUUUCCUUCUUGACGAUCGCAUUCUUCGCAGCAACAACCUAUAUCUCGCUCGACGUCGCUUUCACAUUCACUCAUACCUUUGGCCCGUCCAACCCACCAAACGCAUUGCACAGUGUUCCAUUGUUUGUUUUUACCAGCAUCUGGCCCGCAGUUGCAGCGAUACUGUAUCUUGGCAUAAUGACGUACAUUGUUGUUGGCGUUUUGAACGAAGUCCGACCAGUCUGGUACUAUGUCCUUGCGGCCGUCCUUUUCGUCCUCAGCCAGCUCGAUUACUUCCUCUUGAAUAAUGUGAUAUGCCAGGGCACGUCUGCAAAAGUCGACGGCUCCUUCGUCGCCACGGUGCUGGAAACCGCGGCUGUCGGCGUCCUGUAUCUGGCAUGGAAGAACAUCACUGAGGAAUCUUGGGACGAAGAUAUCUACUACCCUCGUUGAUCGAAAAAUGGCCGCCGACACAUCAUGAUUGGCUUCUAUCGUCAUCCCCACCUACAUAUGGGACAUACUCACCUAUCCGCUUCUUGCCCUCCAUCUUGGUCUCGGCCCUCGCGGCAAGGCGUUAUACUCCUAAUUACCUCGAUGUUGUUGUUGCUACCCACUGUUCUGGCUUACUAUGCAAUGCAAUAUCGCUGUUGUGUCAUGCACUCUUAUCGCCAUGCGCUUUCCUCACGUUAUUCACAUCAUAGUGGUCCCCAUCCUGAUACGCUGCUAUGUCUUUCCUGAAUCUGUCUUGCCGCGUGUACUCUAUCUCAUCUCCUAUCUAAAUUCGGUUCAUUUCCUUAC